AAUUAAAAACUAGUAAUACGCGCAGGAUGUUUAUUACUCUUUUCUUUUUUCUUUUCCCGCUUUGAAAUCAAAUCUUUAACUAAUUAAGUAGUAGAGUAUAUUAUGUAUAUACUGCUCAAAUGGGCUUCACAUAUUUGCUUUAGGAACAGAAAUUCUUGUUUUUUGAUUCGAUAUGUGGGUUCAAUUGCAAACUCUUUGUACAAUUGGAACUCAAAAAUUACUGCUUCUUUCAAGAAAGGUGAUGUUGAGGGGGCACGCAAGUUGUUUGAUGAAAUGCCUCAGAGGAAUGUAGUAACUUGGAACUGUAUGAUUUCUGGGUAUGUAAGAAAUGGGAUGAUGUGUGAUGCUCAACAAGUGUUUGACACGAUGCCGAGUAGAAAUGUUGUUUCUUGGACAGCCUUGUUAAGUGGGUAUGCAAAGAAUGGGAAUUUACAAGUGGCACGGCGGAUGUUUGAUGGAAUGGAUGAUAAGAAUGUGGUUUGCUGGAAUUCAAUGAUCUCGGGGUACGUGAGCAAUGGGAGAAUAGAGGAAGGUAGAGCGUUGUUUGAUGCAAUGCGGAUUAAGAAUGAUGUAUCGUUUGGGAUUAUGAUUGAAGGAUACUUCAAGUAUGGGGAUGUGAGUGAAGCUGAGAGGUUGUUUAGUGAAGCACAAGUGAAAAGUGUGCCACUUUGUAAUGCUAUGUUAGCAGGUUAUGGUGUGAUGGGGCGGACUGAGGAUUCGUAUAAGUUAUUUAUGAGAAUGGCUAGGCGUGAUGUGGCAUCUUGGACUAGUAUGAUCAUGUGUUUCUUAAGAGCCAGGGAGGUGGAGAAAGCGAGAAGGUUGUUUGAGGACAUGCCUGACAAGGAUGUCGUGGCUUGGACAGCAAUGAUUAAAGGGUAUUGUGAAAAUAAUAACGUGGGGGAGGCUGGAAAACUUUUUGCUGCAAUGCCUCAAAAGGAUAAUAUUGCAUGGAAUUCAAUGCUAAGUGGUUAUCUGCAACAUGGAAGACUGCAAGAUGCUCUACACCUGUUUCAUACGAUGCCAUGGAGGAACACAGUAUCAUGGAAUUCGAUGUUGUGCGGUUUCAUUCAACAAGACGAUAUAACUAGUGCUCGAGAGUUGUUUGAGCAGAUGCCUAAAAAAGAUGAAACCUCAUGGAACACUAUCAUUUCAGGAUAUCAAAAUGAGGAAGCUUUGGCUUUAUAUAUCCGGAUGUUGCAAAACAAUUACAAGCCAGAUCAGACCACAUUUUCCAGUGUGGUCUCGUUAUGUGGAGUUCUUGCUUUGUAUGGAUGGGGAAGAGCUUUGCAUGCCAGUGUAACUAAGAGUGGUUUUGAAAAUGAUACGAUGGUUAUGAGUGCAUUCAUAUCCAUGUACUCUAGGUGUGGAUUUAUAUAUGAAGCUUCCUCACUUUUCAGAAGUAUGAAAAAACGAGACACAAUAUCAUGGAAUGCCAUGAUUGUAGCACAAGCAUGUCAUGGUUCGGCUAAAGAAGCCCUCGAUCUUUUUCCUUCUAUGAUCCAAGCUGGAUAUGAACCAGACCAUGUAACUUUUCUUGGUGUCCUAACUGCUUGUGCUCAUUCUGGAUUAGUGGACGAGGGUUGGAGCUACUUUGUAUCAAUGGAGAAAAGGUGGAGUAUAACUCCAAAGGCUGAGCACUAUAACUGCAUGGUUGAUCUCCUUGGAAGAUCAGGGAUGCUAGCUGAAGCCUUCGAACUUAUCAAGCAAAUUCCUCUUGAUCCCCCUGCUCAUGCUCAGGAGACAUUACUUAGUUGUUGUAGAGUCCAUGAGAAUUUUGAUUUAAGUGAUCUUGUGGAACAGAAACUUCUAAGCCUUCAGCCUUCUAAUACAGGAAUAUGUGUACUUCUAUCAAAUAUGUAUUCUGCAAGAGGAAUGUGGAAAGAUGCAGCUCGAGUGAGAACACUACUUAAAAAGUAUGAUUUGAAGAAAGAAUUGGCGUGUAGCUGGAUUGAGAUAAAUGGUUGUAUUUCUCAGUUUGUUUCAAAUGACAGAUGCAAUCCUAGAGAAAUGGACAUAUACAAAGCAUUGGGAAGUCUUUCGGCAUUGAUUGAAGAUAGUGGCACAUUAGUUUAUCGGGGAUGUUAUUCAAAAUUCGGUUCUUCAGAAGAAAUUAAUGUUCGCUAACAUGUUUUUUCCCUUCAUUCCAGUCUAUAAAAGUUCCAGAGUAGAAUUUCUGGUUUCCUCUUGGUGAAUCCCUCUGGGAUUGGAAACUUACUCACUAAAAAACCAUUCAAGGUAUUGUGAAGUCUCAUCGAAAGAUGUUGCUUGAUAUCUCUGAUAGAUGCUAGCCCAGUAUGUGCUUCUAUGAAGACCUGCAACCUAAUGCUUGAUGAAAGUACACCUGUGAUAGACACACUUAGGGUGCAAUUAUUGGUGAUAGCUCCGCGUUUUGGAAGACGAUAAAUUUCCCAAUGUUAGAGGAACUUUGAACUGGAUACUAGUAAGUUUUCACAUACAAGGUAGGAGAUGUAGGAUAGGAUACAUACAUAUCUUUUGACAUAUGAACUUAGUAAAUUAAGCAUAAAUAAAUACAGAAAAUAUAUGCAUAUUUAUAUGUAUGUGUGUGUAUAUUGAUGCGCGCCCACACACACACAAUAUGUUCACAUAUUCACAUAUAGAAUCUUAAUACAUACACAUGUACACAUACUGAGAGCAUAUGUUUAUACAGACACGUAUACAUGUGUGAGUAGGGAAAAUUCUUAUUUUCCUCCUUGUCCCAAAAAAUUUCUUAUACACCUAAACUUUGCUGGCAACCCUUUACCUCUCUGAUCUUGUUUGAAGAGAAUCAGUUAACCCCUUGAGUGAUGAUGUGACAGAAAAAGCGCGUCAUCUGAUGAUACAUCACCGAUGUUGGAACAUCAAAUUGCUUAAUUAUUUAAGAUGGAACAAUGUCGUUCCAUUUAACUUCAUCAAGACCCGAUUGUUUUGCUUAAGAUUAAGAUGUUUGAAUGUGAAGACAUCUUUGAUUAUUAAAUAUUAUCUCCAGACCUGAACAGUGAACAAUUAAAAUAGUUUGUUUAUUCAACUCAAGAAUAUGUGUAAUUUAUCUUUAUUUAGAAACUAAUAUAUAUAAAAUUCUAGUAGACUAAUAACUAAAUGUUAUGUCUGCAAAUAUUUGGAAUAACUAUUAAUAUAUGGUGUUGUAUAAACUAUUUGUUUGAUGAAGCAAACUCUAAAAUAUGUAUGAUUACCAUUUAUUUACCUUGUUUUAUUCCAUAAAUAAAGAUUGACCUAUUAUAUAGGUAAAUCAAACAACUUAGAUAGAAAAAGAAAUGAAAAGAAGUAUCACAAUAUUAAAAACAUGCACAUAAGAUAGAGGUCAAUAAUAUAGAACAAAAUAUAAACAUGGAUUUGUAAAAUCACCAGUCAAUUUGGUGCCCUUAAAAUCAUUUUAUUUAGAACGUUAUACAUUUAAAAUUCAUAAUUUUGAAUAAAAUAUGUCAUCAUAUGAAUUAUAGACAAAGCACUUGAGUUGAAAUAAGGAAUUUAAGUAAUAUAAUAAACAAAUUACAUAUAGUGAGGAUUGAAAAUCUAAGUGCAAAACAAACAUUGCUUGGGAUAGGGGAGAAAAUUUCUAUGGUUUAAAAUUGGAGGGAGAAUUUGAUUUAAAGGCAAAAGGAGAGGAACAAAAAAUGAUUUUUUCCCUUAAACAUUUCUUCAAAGAAAGAAUUAUUAAAUAGAAUAUUAUUUUAACCAGCAUUUAUGCUAUUUUAUCUUGGUUUGAUUUUGAAGAUUUUAUACGUUGUUUGUCCAAAUUUAUAUGACACACCUUCCUUUUUAAUCCGUUCAAUAAAGAAUGACACUUUUCUAUAUUUUGUACUAUUAGUUGUUAUAUUUUCUGUAUUUUGUAUUAAUUUGGUUAAAACAAAUUGAUCAGCAUUACCAUUUUAUUUUUCAUAAACAACCUUCCGCUUUAAACGCAUUUCUUCUUUCCUGAAAUUGUCCAUCCUAUUGUUUCUCGUUUGCAUCUCCAGGAAAACAGGUUAACCAAAAAAAGUAAAGGAAAAGAAAAAAGAAAAGAAAAAAGAGAGAUCUUGAUUGCAUGAUCUCCAUUAGAGAAGGAGGAGGAGGUGGAGGAGGAAGAAUCUGAAUGAGAGAAAAAUGACGACAAUGAAA